AUGCCUGGCAGAGAUAUCCCCGUGCACAUGGCGACAGUCAAGCCGACCCUCAGUCAUACGGCAAACUCGCUGAGCCGAACCCUCAGCCGCAAUGACCCAGGCACCCAAGUCAUGCUUAAGCAGUAUCUUGGAGAGGUUGCCAGGGACAAGUUGCCCAUGACCGAAUACCUCCACGCCACUCAAGAUGAUACCGGGAAGACCGGCCGUGGAGGGAGAGCACUUUCGAAGAUCUGA